AUGGAACAAUCUACUGCUGCUACCAUAUUCUGGACUUUGGAUCAAAUGAAAGAGAUGGCUGCAGAGCUGGCCAUUGCCGAGACACUCGCAGAACCUAAUGGGAUGGUGGGGGAGCCAUGUGUUGCAAUCUGCGGCAAGUUAUUGCAUAUUCUUCGUCAUCACGAAUACCUCAACCACUAUGGUCGACCCGAGGCUCGCUUAAUCCGAUCUCACUCAGUGAGUAAGAGACGCAGAGAUCUGGAGGAUUCUCCCCUUAUGACUGGCAUUGCGGUCACUAUGCUUUACAUUCCGAUAAUGGUGCUCAAACGCCUUAGGAGCAUCUAUGUUGAUGGUCUCGUAAAUGGGGUGGACAUGAGGGGAUUUACUGACGAUUUCAGCGUGCAGGCUAAAUCUCAGACUACUGUGGCGAGCGUCAUCAUGGCAGUAGAUGCCAGCAUCCUUGCUAUCCCAGGCUUAGGCUCACAACUCACAACAAAGACGAUGUGCUCGAUUUCCUUUAUUCUGAGCGUGUAUUGCAUUAUCGGAUGUACCAUGGCACAACACUUUGGCCAACGAUUGAGAUCCCUCGACUUCGCGGCGUAUUACCUGCAAGGAAAGCUGUCAAUUCUUGUGAUCCUCACAAGUAUACCCAGCUUUUUAUAUCUGAUGAGUUUAACAUUCGCUACGCUUGGUUUUCUUGCAGUACGCAUCCUAUCUGCCCUCUCUGUCCCUGUUCUUGCAAAGUGUAGCUUAGUGCUUGGGUCUAAGGUCAAGCGUGCGUCUAAAGCCGAUCAUGUCCAACAGAUCCUACAAACUUUUCGAAGUGCAUGUUCCGAUUUCGGUGCUCUGUCACCUGCUUCUGCAGCUGAACGACUCGACAUCACAGAGUGGACAACGACGCAUGCUUUUUUCGCGUGGAUGGGUGGAUUCAUGCUCUACUUCAAUGACAAGCCGCGAGCCACUCUUACACCCGAUAAGCUUUUGCACUUUGUUCAUGAGGGCUCUGUGGAAAUGCCCAUCAUCGUGGAGGCAGACAUGGAAGAUCGAAGCAAGGGUGACGCAUUCAUCAGUGAACUGAUGAACAAAUUAGAAAGACAUAUAUAA